CCCGCAGCAUGUGAAGAAAACAUGGGGAUGCCGUUAGUUUGACAUCUAACUACUGUUUAUUUAAAUUCACAACACCGAAUGCGACGUUUGUGUAGCGAGCGAAAGUGUGACUUCUAACUGGGUUAGGACUCAAAGUGAGGUAACGUUAGCCUAAAGUCAGAGCUUAGCGAGCUUUACUCGCACCCAUGCUUUUUGGGUUGUUUUACUAGCUUUUAGCCCGCUAACAGCAUGGAUAAUAACACGCAGGGAAAUGCGAUUGAGCUCCACGGAGAUGAGGAAAUUGUUGAAGUCAUCGACCUCAACGAGAUGGAGCCUGGCCCCGAUGAUUUGGCCGACGACCUGGAGGACGUUGACUUUGAAGACGCUGGAAACGCAGACGACGACGAGGGCUGGGAGACCGAGGACGAGAUGGAAGCAGAGCAAGAUGACAGCGAGCUCACCUUCUCCAAACACACAGGCUCGGUGUUUUGCGUGAGUUUGGAUCCUGCAACAAACAGCAUGGCUGUAACAGGAGGAGAGGAUGACAAGGCCUACGUUUGGAGGGUGAGCGAUGGAGAAGUUCUGUUGGAGUGCACAGGUCACAAAGACUCUGUGACGUGCGCCUUGUUCAGCCAUGACUCCUCCAUGGUAGCUACGGGUGACAUGAGCGGCAUGAUUAAAGUGUGGAAGGUAGACACCAAAGAGGAGAUCUGGUCCUUCGAAGUGGGAGAUCUGGAGUGGUUGGAGUGGCAUCCCUGCGCUCCGGUGCUGCUGGCGGGAACAGAUGACGGCAACGUGUGGAUGUGGAAGAUCCCUUCAGGAGACUGUAAAACCUUCCAGAGUUCUGCAUGCCAGGCAACCAGCGGCAAAGUCCUCCCCGAUGGGAAACGGGCUGUGGUGGGUUAUGAGGAUGGCACAGUACGCGUGUGGGAUUUGAAGCAGGGAAACGCUAUCCACGUCAUCAAAGGUCGGGACGCACACCAGGGGGCGCUGACCUGCCUCGCCUGUAACAAGGACGGCUCUCUGGUGCUGACCGGUUCAGUGGACGGCUGUGCCAAGCUCAUCAACACCGCUACAGGCAAGGUGGUCGGAGUGUUCUCCGUGGAGGACGGCAAAGCCAAAGGGUCACCAGACAAGGAAGAAUCCAACUCGGUGGAAUCUGUGGGGUUCUGCAACAUCCUGCCGCUCGUAGCUUUGGCGUAUCUGGACGGGACUCUGGCCAUAUACGACUUCUCAACACAGGUCCUGAGGCACAGGUGCCAACAUGAGGCUGGCAUCGUUCACCUGCAGUGGGAAGAGUCUUCUUCUGUGGUGUCCACCUGCUGCUUAGACGGAGCGCUGCGAUUAUGGGACGCUCGUUCCGGCAGCUUGGUGUGCGAGUACCGAGGCCACACCGCAGAGAUCCUCAACUUCACCAUCAACCGGGAAGCGUCUCUCGCAGUAACCGCUUCAGGAGACAACCAGGCCAAAGUCUUCUGCCUCCAAAGACCCGAUCGGUAAAGGGAGCAGGAAGAAAGGAGGUGGGAAGAAGAGUGGAGGAAAUGUUUUGGGAGAAAUAGCGGAGACGUCUCACGAUCAGACUUUUCGUUCUCUAAUUAUGGAGAACAGGUUUCCCUUCUCUCUUCAGGAUUUUCGAACGCGUGGUCUCGCCAUCUUAUCUGACCUGCUUUCAGUAGAAUUGCAGCAUCCAAAAAGAUGAUUUAUUUCUCUUUCCAUCAGUACUUCGGUUGUGCUUAAUUGGCAGAUGUUUAAGAUAAUUCAAGCACCGAGAGCAAACGUGUGUUUCUGGUCUUGUCUACACAGGAGUUUUUUAAUCUGAUGGUUUAAAAAACUCUCAUAAGUAUGCUCUUGUUAAAAAAUCUGACAGACUAAACAGAGGAUAAGAGUCAAAGUGUGAUGUAUUACAGUGUACUUUGCCUUCGACAUCCCUUUUUAACUUUCUGUCAAAAAUGUCUUUAGAGAUAAAACACAAGACAACAUAGAUUCA